AUGGAACGAAUCAUUUUUGUGGUUGCUGUUUUGUGCGCUUUUGUUUUAACCAAUCAAGGAAAAGAGGAGAACCAGUCGAUGCCUGUGCCGAAAAACAACUUUGACAUGGAUCUCUUUGAGGAUCUGUUCAACACUACGUUUCCCAGUGAAGAGGAAUUGUCUCCCGCCUGCAGUCAAACUGUCCAUGAUUUGAGUAGCACCGGCCUGUUGAUCAUCUACAUUGCUGUGUUUGUCCUCGGCGUUACAGGCAACAGUGUGGUUGUCUAUGUGGUCUGUUGUAUGGUGAGGCAGAGGACCACCACAGACACCUUCCUGAUGCACCUAGCACUGGCUGACCUCCUCUUUGCCCUCACUCUGCCCUUCUGGGCAGUUCGACUCCACACUGGAUGGAUCUUUGGCAACGUUCUGUGCAAGCUCCUGUCAGGACUUCAGGAGGCGACGGUGUACGGCAGUGUCUUUCUGCUGGCCUGCAUCAGUGUGGACCGCUACUUUGCCAUUGUGAAAGCCACCCGUGUACUGGUGUCCCGACGUCAUCUGGUGGGGCUGGUGUGUGGUGUGGUGUGGCUGGUGGCCACCAUGCUGUCCUUGCCUGUGGCAGUACAAAUCGAAGCAAUGCAGCCUGAGGACCUGGGCAGCCGGCUGAUUUGUUACGAAAACCUGACUGGUGAAAGUGGCGACCACUGGCGAGUCAGCGUGCGUGUAAUACGACACACACUUGGCUUUUUCCUGCCACUGGUGGUGAUAAUUUUCUGUUAUGGCUGGUCUUCUCUGACACUGCUGUAUACACGUAAUCAACAGAAGCAUAAGGCCAUGCGCAUCAUCCUGUUGGUAGUGCUGGGAUUCGUCCUAUGCUGGCUCCCUUACAAUGUUACAGUACUGAUAGACACGUUGGUGCGAGGGAGGUGGCUCGGGUCAGAGACAUGCCACAUCCAAAAUAGAGUGGACCUGGUCUUGUACAUCACCCAACUGAUGGCCUUCAUGCACUGUGCAGUGAACCCAGUGCUGUAUGCCUUCAUUGGCCAGAAGUUUCGUAACCAGCUGCUUCUUGCUCUCUAUAAACAUGGCUUUAUAAGUAAGAGGAUUCAGGUGGCAUACAGGAAAGGCUCUGUGAAUAGCACGGGAAGCUCCAAAUCUAGGAACACAUCUGAUACGUUGUAA